CCUAGAACCAACAAGCUACAUGCUACGCUACGAACCAAACACCUUGACCAAAACUCACAUUCCAGAUCCACUCCCUUCGCUAGAACCUACAGACGAACCCAACACUGAACCUGUAUUCCCAGAAGGUGAUAAUCUACCUCCUCUCCAAAUACUCAACCUACUUCCAGUCGUUUGCUCCUCCGUCUGUGAACUUCCCGUACUAUCAUUUCUCAAAGGACUCGGACCUCUUUGUUCUGUUUGUCUUUCUCCACCAAAGAAUCGGGCGAACCUGCUUCUGGCAGCCGAUUGACCUUGCGGGAUAGGUGUUGGAGGUUGAUUAUUAUCGGAUGCACGUCGGAGCAUUCCCAUUGCUGUCCUACGAGGAAUGGGUUCAGCCGUUUGAGGCUGAACAGAAGGUUGAAUGGUGUUUAUCGGUUGAAUUUCGGUGGAAGGAGGUAGGGUGGGAUUGGCUGAUGGAAGUUGAGUUUCGAUCGGACCCCAACGACCUCGAUCAGGACGACUGGUAGAUGGCGUAGGGGGGACAUUGAGAGGAGGGAUUAUUGUUUGAGGUGUGACUGGUGUGGUCG